AACCUUGUGCUAAAGAUCAUGGUUCUCUUUCACGCCGUGGCUUUGCAAACAGUUUUAAGAAUAGUAAUGAUGACAGUAAAGAGGCUAUUCCUUGGUUCAGUUGAGUGAUUUAGGGUCCCAGGAAUUUAGGGUCUGAUUUCUGGUGUGUUAUCUUUAGUAGAUUAUUAGUUAUAAUACCAGUCGGAGCUCCCAUUUGUGGAGCCCUCACUCUGUCAGGCAUUCAUUAUUCAGAUGAAUGUUGUGCCACAAGCAGGGCUGUGGUCAGGACCGGCGCGUUAGGCGGGGGGGCAGCAAAUGGCUGCUGCGCUUCCAGCAAAUGAGAAUAAUCCAGAUGGACAGCGGUGAGAUGGAAUUUCCUCAUUAGUCCCUCUUUAGAAUAAAUAAGCAUGUGUGGAAGCUACAGCAGGUGUUUUUGUUUUUUCUUACUCAACAAAGCUAGAAAUUGAUAGAGAAUUCACAUCUAUGAAAACCACAUAGUAGUUUAUAUUCUUCUGAUUCAAAGCAGAGAGAACAUGUUUGCAUUUUAACUAGGCAGCAUCAGAACAUUUAUCAUUUUGAAUAGCCUUAUUAUUGGUUUUGUGUUAGAAGUUGUGGAUUAUAUUCUUUAAUUUAAAAUUAUGACAAGGCUAAAUGUAGCCAUAACAUUCAAGUUGGAUUUUGAGAUCCUGAACAGGACCCCAUCUGACAUUUUUUAGUGAAUUACAACCUUCAAACACUGAUUACUGAUAUUACUGAACUGAUAUUGUCUCAUUUGAAUCUUAUUUUUACUGUAGAAUUUGUCUUAUGUUUCAGUGCACCUAAGCCUUCUGGUAUAAUCUUAGUCUAAUUAACAGUAUUUUGUAAUCUGGGACUGCUGUCAAAGAUCAUUAUAGGAGCUAGAAAACAUUGGGAGGUAAAAUGAACACAUGACCUCAUCUCUCUUAUUUUGCAAGAGACUAUAACUUGCAUUCAACAAGACUGAAAAAAGAAAAAUAGCGUUCUUUCCCAUUAAGCUGUAAUAAAUGUGUUUAGUAUGGUUUUGCUAUUAAUAAUCCCUGUUAGCUGGUAGAAUGGAGGAUUUUUGUUGGAUGUAUUUGAAACUAAAUGCUGCCAGGAUAAAGAUUUUACUAGAAAUAUAGAGUAGGAAUCAGUCCCUACCCUUUGUUAAUUGAUCCUGCUUGUUUAACUGGAAAAAUAAAAAUGUACAUCUACUGAAGAGAAAUCUGUGGGCAUAAACUCUUCCUUUCCUGUUUUCAAAUAUGUUUCAUAGGUUGUUUAUCUUAUGUAAAUAUGCAGUAAUACAGUAGACAAGAGAAAGCAACUGCUGUUCCUUUAAUAUCAGAACUGUGCACGUUACAAUAGGUGUCACUGUUUUGCUUGGUCCAAUCAUGAUUGGUGACUUCAGCUAUUGGCUCUGAGCACUGGCUGUCUGACUCCAUCUGCAGGGCUGUAAUACCUACUCUCCUCCGAUCCAUUCACCACACAACUUCAGCCGGCUGAGCAGACUCGUGCGGCUCCAGCACAUCUUGCUAACGUAAUUCAGAAAACAAGUGCCACGGCUCUCUGCCUGUCAUCUUCGCUCAGUGUAGUGUUUUCAGGUGAUCUAGGAAACUGGGUUAUUUUUAUGAGCAAAUAAGAGAAACAGGAAUCAUGAUGGGGAUGUAUUUAACAGACCCAGUUCUGGAUAAAACUUAAAGCCAGUAUUCUAUUGAACAUAGUGAAAAGGUCACCUUGCCCAGCUGAGAAAAGAAGCAAAAUAUCAUCUCGUUGGUUUCUGUUACCAUCUCAGCUCGUGCUAGCCUUCUUUCCUUGAUGUUCGCACCAAUUUGGGAUAUCUAGCUGUAAAGAGAGACAUACUGUACUCAUGGUAGAUGACAAGGAAAAGAACAUGAAAUGUCUCACCUUCUUCUUGAUGCUUCCAGAGACGGUAAAGAACAGGUCCAAGAAAAGCUCGAAGAAAACAAAUACCAGCAGUAGCAGCAGCAACAGCAGCAAGUUGCCUCCAGUUUGUUAUGAAAUAAUUACCUUGAAGACUAAAAAGAAGAAGAAGAUGGCUGCUGAUAUAUUCCCCCGUAAAAAACCCGCCAACUCCAGCAGCACCACUGUCCAGCAGUACCACCAGCAGAAUCUCAGCAACAACAACCUUAUUCCGGCCCCCAAUUGGCAGGGUCUCUAUCCCACCAUCAGGGAAAGAAAUGCGGUGAUGUUCAAUAAUGAUUUGAUGGCAGAUGUACAUUUUGUGGUUGGGCCACCAGGUGGGACUCAGCGGUUGCCAGGACACAAAUAUGUUUUAGCUGUCGGGAGCUCUGUGUUCCAUGCAAUGUUUUACGGAGAACUUGCUGAGGACAAAGAUGAAAUCCGUAUACCAGAUGUCGAACCUGCUGCUUUUCUCGCUAUGCUGAAAUAUAUCUAUUGUGAUGAAAUUGACUUGGCUGCUGACACAGUGCUGGCUACUCUUUAUGCUGCCAAAAAGUACAUUGUCCCUCACCUCGCCAGAGCCUGCGUUAAUUUUCUGGAGACCAGCCUGAGUGCCAAGAACGCCUGUGUGCUCCUCUCCCAGAGCUGCCUGUUUGAGGAGCCAGACCUGACCCAGCGUUGCUGGGAGGUGAUCGAUGCCCAGGCCGAGUUAGCUCUCAAGUCUGAGGGAUUCUGCGAUAUCGACUUCCAGACACUAGAAAGUAUCCUCCGCAGGGAAACUCUGAAUGCCAAAGAAAUUGUGGUUUUUGAGGCUGCUCUCAACUGGGCUGAAGUAGAAUGCCAGCGACAAGAUCUAGCUUUGAGCAUUGAAAAUAAACGCAAGGUCCUUGGAAAGGCACUUUACUUGAUCCGCAUACCUACAAUGGCCCUGGAUGAUUUUGCAAAUGGUGCUGCACAGUCCGGAGUUUUAACUCUCAAUGAGACCAACGACAUCUUCCUUUGGUACACUGCAGCCAAGAAGCCUGAGUUGCAGUUUGUGAGUAAAGCCCGCAAGGGCCUUGUGCCCCAGCGCUGUCACCGUUUCCAGUCAUGUGCCUAUCGGAGCAACCAGUGGCGCUAUCGGGGCCGCUGUGACAGCAUCCAGUUUGCAGUUGAUAAGAGAGUGUUCAUCGCUGGCUUUGGGCUGUAUGGCUCCAGCUGUGGCUCUGCGGAGUACAGCGCCAAGAUCGAACUCAAGCGGCAGGGCGUGGUCCUGGGGCAGAACUUGAGCAAGUACUUCUCAGAUGGCUCCAGUAAUACCUUCCCUGUGUGGUUUGAGUACCCGGUGCAGAUCGAGCCAGACACGUUCUACACAGCCAGCGUGAUACUGGACGGCAAUGAACUCAGCUACUUUGGACAAGAAGGCAUGACGGAAGUUCAGUGUGGCAAAGUGACAGUCCAGUUUCAGUGCUCGUCGGAUAGCACCAAUGGCACUGGGGUACAGGGAGGGCAGAUCCCCGAACUUAUAUUCUAUGCGUGAAAACACACUCCCCAAAGCAGUGUGAGCUCCGAGGUGCACGUCUGGUUCCUCCUUGCUUGAUGCUUAGCUCAUCUGCAGAUAUGUGAUCAGCGCAGGGAAUUUGUGAUGAAUGAAGCUGUAGGCAGUUUUCUCCUUUUUUUCAGCCUUUUAAUUAUGUACAGGCAAAAGUGCAGCAUUCAGCUUUUAACUAUAUGCUUAAAAGGGCCAAGUUCUUAUUAAGGCUUUGUGGUUUUUAGAGUGUGUCUAUACGCUUGGGGAGAUUUUGUGCUCUUUUCUAAGUACCCCAUUGACCUCCUAGUUUUGUCCCUCUUCAGAAAAUUUUUGGAUCACCUUGAAUUUCCUUUUGGGCUUUAUUUUGACAAAUAGAAAUGAAUAGUGUAAAAUAGUAAUGACAAGAAUUAUUUUUAAACAGAACCCCUCUUCCACAAAAAAACAGAUAAACCUCAGUGUACAAUUUUGAAAGAAGUUUUGCUUCAUAAUAAUAAUUUAGAAAGUAGAUAGUAGUCAUGUUUAGCUCUUAUUUUAUUUCCUUUUAAAUAUUUUACUUCUGGGCAUUGCAUUUUCUUAAACCCUAAAUUCAUAAGAUUGUUAUAUAUUAAACACCACAAAGUGUCAAUGUAAAAUAGGAAGAUAAGAAAUCGGAUGUUUGUUUAGAUCACGACUUCUGCUACAAGCAGAUUUAUAUUCUUUUAGUUUAGAAGACAGAAUAUUGCAGUACAAACACUUCUUUUAGAAGUAACUAAACUAUAAAAUUUUAUUGUCAUUAGAAAAAAAUUGCAGCCUUAUUAAUUUAAGCUAAAACAGUUUAAAAAGGAAACCUAAAAAAAGUCCCAUACUACAAAUAGUUUAAUUGAUGGCACAUUUGAAUACACAGUUUGAAAAAGUCAAACUCUUUUCUUCUCCUCACUUAGCUUCUGAUCCUCAGCAUUUACUUGUUUUCGUCAGUCAUACUGUAUAGAAUUCCUUUUCCCUUUUUCCCGUUAAAAGAGGACCAAACAAUUCCUUAGAUGAAUGGAAUAAAAAUUAAUUUUGUAGCAUUCCGUGUUAAUGUAGUAAUAUACUUUUAUUCAUUGAUUUUUUUUUUAAUCUGAAGUAUACUUUACCUGAUCUACUUUGACCACAUACUGUCGUCUUAGUUUAUUAUAAUUCUGUCCUGUUCCUGGACUGCUAGAAUCUGUCUGGCCUCUGACCGUCUUCAAGUGCCAGUAUAUGCGUGCAGGGUUUUAAAAAAAUGAUCUGGAGUGAUACACUUGAUUAUACCUAAUAUUUACUGCAUCAGCAUCACAUCCAGCUCGCUUAUGUGUCCGUGGAUGAUAGAAACAAACGAGGGAAAAGCUCAUCAAAAAGUUCUCCACUGAUUGCUUGUGAUGGUUUCGUGCCCGUGACCCUGGUCGUGUCCAGUGUGUUCACUUCCAGGUGAAGUAUCCAUGUGUUUCUGGGCAGCUUUUCUGCUCAAUGUGAUCCUGAGAUGGCUUCCCCCGCCACCCAGAGUGUGGUCCCUGGCCGCCUCCUUCUCCUGCUCUACGAGCCCGAAGCUGGCUUGUCUGGAGCCAGGGGUUAGUCCUGGGGUGGGUGUGUGUGUGUGGGCGCCGUGCGCAUGCAAGUGCGUUUACUGACUCAGGAAUUGCCUCCUCCCUGCUUGGCCAGUGAGAGGUGGGACAGAAACGGUCCCCCUGCUGGCCCCAGCAAGGCCCAAUCAGUGACUGCCCUUAUCUUAUCACUGUGCUUCUGGGCCACUUCUUCCCCUGUAGACGUGGGCUUGUUGCUUUUGGCUGGCUUCCCUGAUGGAGGAGAACACUGGAUUAUGGGAAAUGUUUUAAUCCCCUUUGCCAUUACCUACAUCUGGUAGCAUAGAUGAUCAAAAGCUGUUACUGGUGAUUAUAGACGAGUACUCCCAGGACAGCUUUCCAGAAUUAUCGAACAAUUAUUUGUUAUUAGGGAGAUGACAGAUAGUAGUUUUGGCAAAGCAUCGAUGAAAUAAAGGUACAUUUUCAAUUUAAAAAAAUACUUCCUCAAAGGAUUUUGUUUUUAAAUUAUGGUUAAACAUUUCAGUAACUCAUAGCUACCAUGCAAAUUGGUAGACUAUAUAACUGAUUAGAAGGCACUCAUUUUUAGGCCAGAGGAGAAGAAACUGUAUUGAGCACUAAUUUCAUCAUAUCAGAUCGUUGAGGUAGGUGUGAUAACCUUAGAGUGAAGAUCGUUCAUUGAGUAACACUCACUGUCAGUGCUCCUGUUAGCUGAGCUGCCCUCCAUGUGGCUAGGGAACAGCUAGUGAAAGCCGCAUGAGAUCCUGUACACUGGGUAGAGAAGAACUUAAUUUUAUGUUAGUCACUAUGACUUUAAAAGGAAAAGAAAAAGACACAUCCACCAUUUGAUUGGCUGGUGCCGAGAGCUGUGUGUUAAAUUUGAAAUUAUAUUUAGAAUAAGAAAUUUUAUAUUUUAAAUCCUAUUCUCCCUUCUGCAUUUUCAACAACAUGGCAUGAAGGCUAAUGUGCUUGCUUUAUUUUCUUUGGUAAUCUCUAAAUUUGUAGCUUUUAAAACUAGAAACCAUUGUUCUGACAAGGCAGGGAACUCUAGGGUAUAAACACAACUUUAUUAAACAGAAUACUCGGUAGAUGCUUUUCCCAAUGUAUCUGGCAGUCCUUGUCAUUGUUCGUACUGGGGAUAAGGGGAACUAGGCUAGCAGUUCUAAUGUAACCUUCUUUAAGCAUAGCUUAAUAUAGUAUUUAAGUAAAUGGUCUAAUUCUACAUAAUUAUUGCACUAAACUGUCUUUUUUGUUUUUUAAGGUGUUUAAAUAAGCUCGGCUAAUUCAAGACACUAGCCUCUUGUGCAUCUGAGUGCUUGAAUUUAGUAGCUUACAGCAUUAUUUAUGAAGGAAAAAUAUAUAAAUAUGAAGUACCUCAUGUUGAAUGUUAUUGUACUGUAUUUUUAAUGUAACAGUGCAGAUCUUGUUAGACACAUGAAUGUGUAUAAUCAUGUUAAAUGCAAAUAAAAAUAAAACUGGUUCAUA